AAUUUAAGCUAAAUAGAUUUUUUUCUUUGUUUAGCUUAGAGCAAUAAAUGUAGAUCUCCAGACUGAUGCUGCUUUGCAAGUGGAUAUCUCAGAUGCGCUCAGUGAGAGGGAUAAAGUGAAAUUCACUGUCCACACAAAGAGUUCCUUACCAAAUUUCAAACAAAAUGAAUUUUCUGUUGUCCGGCAACAUGAAGAGUUUAUUUGGCUUCAUGAUUCCUUUGUCGAGAACGAGGACUAUGCUGGCUACAUCAUUCCGCCAGCACCACCCAGGCCUGACUUUGAUGCCUCAAGGGAGAAAUUGCAGAAACUUGGAGAAGGGGAAGGAUCAAUGACUAAAGAAGAAUUCACCAAGAUGAAACAAGAACUGGAGGCUGAAUAUUUGGCAAUAUUCAAGAAGACAGUUGCAAUGCAUGAAGUAUUUUUGUGUCGUGUGGCAGCACAUCCUAUUUUGAGAAAGGAUUUAAAUUUCCAUGUCUUCUUGGAAUAUAAUCAGGAUUUGAGUGUUCGUGGGAAAAAUAAGAAAGAGAAACUUGAAGACUUCUUUAAAAAUAUGGUUAAAUCAGCAGAUGGUGUCAUUGUUUCAGGAGUAAAGGAUGUGGAUGACUUCUUUGAACAUGAAAGAACAUUCCUUGUAGAAUACCACAACCGAGUCAAAGAUGCCUCUGCCAAAUCUGAUAAAAUGACAAGAUCACACAAAAAUGUUGCAGAUGACUAUAAUAGAAUUGGUUCUUCAUUAUAUGCAUUAGGAACACAGGAUUCCACAGAUAUAUGCAAGUUUUUUCUGAAGGUGUCAGAGUUAUUUGACAAAACAAGGAAAAUAGAGGCCCGGGUAUCUGCUGAUGAAGAUCUUAAACUUUCUGAUCUUCUGAAAUAUUACUUAAGGGAAUCUCAAGCUGCUAAGGAUCUCCUAUAUAGAAGAUCUAGGUCACUAGUGGAUUAUGAAAAUGCUAACAAGGCAUUGGAUAAAGCAAGAGCAAAAAAUAAAGAUGUGUUGCAAGCUGAAACUACUCAACAGAUAUGCUGUCAGAAAUUUGAGAAAAUAUCUGAAUCUGCAAAACAAGAACUGAUAGACUUUAAGACAAGAAGAGUUGCAGCAUUCAGAAAAAAUUUAGUGGAACUAGCAGAACUGGAAUUAAAGCAUGCUAAGGGUAACUUACAGCUGCUGCAGAGCUGCCUGGCAGUGUUAAAUGGUGACACAUAAGCUACGCUCCGUCCUCCCACUAACAAGGGCUGCCCUCCUCUGGAUUUUGUUUUCAUGACUUUAAAUAGGCAUUUACAGUUCCCUGGAGAAAUCAUUUGACAAAGUGCACAUAAGCAAGCUCCUCCUUUCAAAAGAAUUAAAACAGACACCUGAAAGUAGCUCCAGACUAUACGAAGCAACAGCGUACUUGUUAUUCAUACAUAUUCAUGUUUAUUUAAUCAUUAUAUGCUUUCAUUGUUCAGAAACCAAAUGCUCUGUUUUUGUGAAGCUAGCCAAUAAUAUGUUCAUGUUAUGAAUACUAUGAUACAGCUGCCAAUCUUAUUUACCUUUGUAAGUAAUUUCUGAAGUUCACCAUUUGAAGUACAUUGUUCAAAUGGCUUAAAUAUUACCAUUAGAGAUUUGAAUAUUGUUACUAUAAUACAUUGUAUACACUGUCUUAGUUUUUUUUUCAUGUACUGAUAUCAAGAAAUUUAAUCGUUUUUUUUCGAUUGUGAACAUUUCUUAGAAGUUUUGGAGAACUUUGUGUAACCUUUAUAACUAUGAUUUAAAAAGAAAAGCAAAUACAUUAGUAUGUUUGCCUUAACUUGUAGACUAAUCCAAUUAUUGUAAAAUAAACCAUGAAAUCAAUGAUUUUUCUAAAAUUAUGCAGACACUGUAUCAUCUAUAAGCUUAAUAUUUUCUAGUAAAUCAGAUUAAUUAGACUUCUCUCCAUUCAUCCUGUAAAACCAUUGAGUAAGUACUAGAUUGGUCUGACACUUAAGUACUCGCCUGGUGCAAUUUUUCGCUUGUGUUCUCAGGUUUAUCCAUUUGCCUGUUUGUGUGUGACUUUCCUAUCCAGUGUACUUAUGUCUUUUUUUUUUUUUUUUUUGAGUUUGUUGGCUGACUGCAUUUUCUUCAGCAGAAAUGCUUUUUAAGGGAACUUGCUGCUUUCUUUCCAGAAGGGGGACAUAAAGUAGCAGGAGCAUAUUCAACAAGUGCAUAAAUUCAAGAAAGGUAAUAGAGCCCCACUUUGAUACAGAUAAGAAGCUUUACUUCAGAAAAUAAAAAGUGAAGGUAUAGCCAAUGGAGGAAUGUCUGAAAAGGAUCGCAAUCUGUUAACUGGACUUAGAGCUCUGAAUACUUUAUGUUGUUUGAAUCCUUGGUCUUUCAUUUGUUGUAUUGCUUUCUCUCACUUGAACCAUGAGUCUUUUCCAUGAGCUGCUGUUCUUCUGUAUAAUUCCAGAAUGUCACGAAAUUAGGCUUUACUUGAUGAGUUGUUCUUUGCAGUGGGAUUGCUGCUUUAUAAGAGUUUGCAGACCUUCAGUGGAGCAGCGGAGUUCUGGUGAACGGGGUUUCAUGUUUGGAGAUGCAGAUCAAUGUAAGCUGAUGUCUCUGUAUUUACAGCCUCUCCUGUACUGCAGCACAGAGGUUUGUUAGUUUUGUGGGGCGUCUGUUUGUUUUUUGUUUCUUUUCCGAGUAGGGUGAAUUGCACAGGAUAGUAUACUUCUCCUGCAGCGUUGCACAUGGAACAUUUCUAAGGCAGAGAAGUUCCUUGGCUUUACAUGCUGUUUGCAUUGUGCAUUGGGUUGCGGACGCAUAGCCUCAGACUUUGAGUUACCACUGCCCAGUGGCUAUUAGCAACUCCUGUCAUGUAUAUAAUGUUUUCUAUUAACAGCUACUACAAUACUACUGUGCUGUUCAUCUUCCAACUAUUAAAGGUAUAAUUCCUAAGGAACUCAUCUAUAAAUAAUAGACUAUAAGGGACAAAGACUAAAAUGUACAUACAGUUAACAAACGUGUAAAUAUUUUAAGUAGGAUCGUGGGAACGGUUUUUAGAUUAGUCCUCGUUGUUCAGUGUUACUAGCUCAUUAAAUUUUUUUCAAGCC